UACAGAACGAACAUGGUGAAGCUCUGCCCCGUGUAAAGCUGUUUGUCGUUGUGCUCUCCGCUGUUUGUCCCGGUGUGUCCCGGUUUGUCCCGGUGCUCUCCGGUGUGAGGAUGGCUCACCGAUACCUGCGGCUGUCCGGCGGCUGCAGGACGCUGUUCCGCCUUCUGCUGCCCUCCAGGAGGCUGGUGUGUCAGACUGCUGUUGGACAGGUGGAGGGGGGGCGGAGCCUGCUGACGGACCUGUUAGGAGCUUACAGGACACUCAGCUCCAAACCUCCUAAAGGUUUUGAGAAGUAUUUUCCAGACAGUCAGAAAACUGCCAAACAAAGUGAAGCUGAAGCCAAAGGUACGAAAAGCAAACCUGCCAACACUCAGAGAGCCUCUGGGAAGGAAGCAGGAGGAGGUGGAGGAGGAGCAGGAGGAGCAGGAGGAGGAGGAGCAGCAGGAGGAGGAGGAGGAGGAGCAGGAGGAGGAGGAGCAAGAGGAGGAGCAGGAGGAGGGAAACGAGGAGGCCGUAAGGAGGACUCUCACUGGUACAGUCGGCUGCAGAAGGGCGAUGUCCCGUGGGACGAUAAGGAGUUCAGGAUGUACUUCCUGAGCGGCGUGGCGUUCUGGACGGCCGUCACGUAUUACUUUGUGCUGAGAGACGGAGGCAGAGAGGUCACCUGGAAGGACUUCGUCAACAACUACCUGUCCAAAGGAGUGGUCGAUCGAUUAGAAGUCGUGAACAAACGUUACGUCAAAGUGGUUUUCUCUGCGGGGAAGACGCCGGUGGACGGACAGUACGUUUGGUUCAACAUCGGCAGCGUGGACACGUUUGAGAGGAACUUGGAGACGGCUCAGUACGAGCUCGGCAUCGAGGGCGAGAACCGGCUGCCGGUGGUGUAUUCCACCGAGAGCGACGGCACCUUCCUACUGAGCAUGCUCCCCACAGUGCUCAUCAUCGGCUUCCUGCUGUUCAUGCUGCGGCGGGGGCCGGCGGGGGCGGGGCGUCCCGGCCGGGGGAUGGGGGGGCUGUUCAGCGUCAGCGAGACGACGGCGAAGAUCCUGAAAGACGAGAUCGACGUGAAGUUCAAAGAUGUGGCGGGCUGCGAGGAGGCGAAGCUCGAAAUCAUGGAGUUCGUCAACUUCCUGAAGAACCCGAAACAGUACCAAGACCUGGGAGCCAAGAUCCCCAAGGGAGCCAUCCUGACCGGUCCUCCGGGGACGGGGAAGACGCUGCUCGCCAAGGCGACGGCGGGCGAAGCCAACGUGCCGUUCAUCACCGUUAACGGCUCCGAGUUCCUGGAGAUGUUUGUGGGCGUCGGCCCCGCCAGGGUCAGAGAUCUGUUCGUCAUGGCGAGGAAGAACGCGCCCUGCAUCCUCUUCAUCGAUGAGAUCGACGCCGUCGGACGGAAGAGAGGACGAGGAAACUUCGGAGGGCAGAGCGAGCAGGAGAACACUCUGAACCAGCUGCUGGUGGAGAUGGACGGCUUCAACACGGCCACCAACGUCGUCGUUCUGGCGGGAACAAACCGGCCCGACAUCUUGGACCCGGCGCUGAUGAGACCGGGACGCUUCGACAGACAGAUCUACAUCGGCCCCCCCGACAUCAAAGGACGAGCGUCCAUCUUUAAAGUCCACCUGCGUCCUCUGAAGCUGGACGCUGAGAUGGACAAAGAGGCGCUGGCGAGGAAGAUGGCGGCUCUCACACCUGGGUUCUCAGGGGCCGACAUCGCCAACGUGUGUAACGAGGCGGCUCUGAUCGCCGCUCGCCACCUUUCAGACGCCAUCGACCAGAAACACUUUGAACAGGCCAUCGAGAGAGUGAUCGGAGGUUUGGAGAAGAAGACUCAGGUUCUGCAGCCGGAGGAGAAGAAGACGGUGGCGUACCACGAGGCGGGUCACGCCGUCGCCGGCUGGUUCCUGGAGCACGCCGACCCGCUGCUGAAGGUGUCCAUCAUCCCGCGGGGGAAGGGGCUCGGCUACGCUCAGUAUCUGCCCAAAGAGCAGUACCUCUACACCAAGGAGCAGCUGCUGGACCGCAUGUGCAUGACUCUGGGAGGAAGAGCCUCCGAGGAGAUCUUCUUCAGCCGCAUCACCACCGGAGCUCAGGAUGACCUGCGCAAGGUCACCCAGAGCGCAUACGCACAGAUCGUCCAGUUCGGGAUGAACCCGAAGGUGGGCCAGGUGUCCUUCGACCUCCCCCGGCAGGGCGAGAUGGUUCUGGAGAAGCCGUACAGCGAGGCGACGGCUCGGCUCAUCGACACCGAGGUCCGAACCCUCAUCAGCGAAGCGUACCAGAGGACUCACCAGCUGCUCAGCGACAAGAAGGCCGAAGUGGAGAAGGUGGCGCUGCGGCUGCUGGAGAAGGAGGUUCUAGAUAAGAACGACAUGGUGGAGCUGCUGGGAAAACGUCCGUUCGCAGAGAAGUCGACGUACGAGGAGUUCGUGGAAGGAACCGGCGGCGAGGACGAGGACACGACGCUGCCGGAGGGCCUGAAGGACUGGAACCAGGAGAGGAAGAACCGGGAGGAGAGCACGGAGGAACAGGUGGCCCGCCAGAUCUCUGGAGGAAUGCCUUUCUAGAACCGACACGCUCCGGUGUGGUCUCUAUUUGAGGAGGAGAACCCGCUCACCGACUCUGAACAUCAGAACGUUUGCUCACUCUUUAAAGUUCUUAGACGUUUGUGGCGGUGGCGCAGAACCUCAGACGCUGCCCACGUUCUCAAAGACCAAACAUGAAGAACGUUGUCUGGUUCUGCUCUGACCUGCUUGUAUCGCUAAAGCUUCAUUCUGUUGCAUUCUGUUGGGUUCUGGGUUCUACUGCCACCCCCCUAAAUGCUGCCCACGUGUGUUGUUUGAAGUUCUAGGUAAACCAUGUCUCCAUCUGCGAGGCGCAGAACCCUCUCACUGAAUGAGAACCUUCUACAGUUCUAGAUGUUUGCAGAACCACCAAACUGUGUUAAGAUGCAGGGAACUCUGCACAGGAACGUUCUACAGAACCUCCAACAUUCAGAUGAAGGGUUCUCCGUGAAUUACACCACACAUAGAUCACAAGAACAUGCUCAUCAAGUGUCCGAUGUUCUAAGGCUUUCUAGGUUUCUAAAAGGUUCUCCGUGUAGUGUUAUAAAGUCUGCACAUGUCCACAUGAGCUUCUCACUGUUCUCCAUGUUCCGACUAAUAGAACCUUUAUUACUGCUCUGAAUAGAAAUCAUAGAACUGUAGAACCGUUCUGUGUUCUGUUGCAGCUUUGACCUGGAGAACGUCUGCGGAACGUUCCAGAGCAGCGACGUGGUUCCUCGUCUGCGGCCGAACCUCCCACCGGUUCUGCUGUUUGAAAAAAUGUAAAAAACUUUAUUUAUGAAGUGGAGCGAGCGCGGUCGCCAUGGUAACGGCACCAUUUAAAGGACUGUCCGAUCAGUUAUUGAUUAGCUAGCAUGCUGUAUGAUGGGUCAGCUCCUGCUAACUGUGUAAAGAUGUACAUGUGACUUCAUGAUGUUUUAAUAAAGUCAAACAUCAAUAAUCAAUUAUUCACUUAAUGUUUAUCAAAUGUGUAAUUUAUUUUAAUAAACAGAAAACUGAAGAUUAAAGAUUUAACACAAGAAAAGUAUUUAAAAGCAAUCAUUAAAUAAUCACAU